AGCUAGGCAUAUUUGGAACACACAUUUAAAUUCAGUGGGCCCGUAACAGCAGAAAAAAAAAAAAGUUUAAUACAACGUUUUUGAACGCUGCUCUCAACAGUGGGGGCGGAUGAAGGUGUAACGCAGCUCCAGCGUGAUGGGUUAUUCUCGGUGCCCUCCGCCCCUAGGUCCAUCUGUCCCGCUCAGUGUGACUCGGACGGUCAGGUUAGCCAGCAGUGAGGCGAUGUGGCGAAUUCCUCUCUCAAUCCUUCAUCCGCCUUUUCUCUGUGCCCGUGUUUAUUCAGAUUCACAUUCUCAUACUCUGAGAUCUUGGCUAAAAGCUAGCUAUGGAGGGAUCUGGGAGACCCGGGGAUUGAUCUGCUACAAUAAUACACUCAAAGACAGGCAGUCUGGGGUGGGGGGGUUUGAGUAGUUUGAAUGGACUGGUGUUUUUUUCCUUUCUUUCUUCUGUUUCUUCUUUCUGACUUUGCACGCCGUGCUCGAUCUGCUUUAAGAAGUUGCAGUGAAAUAUUCAUGUAAACGUUUGAAGUCAGGGUGGGAAAGCUAAAAUAUUUACAGGGCUUUACACUUAUUUUCAGCUGAGUGAGACAGCGAGUAGAUCAAAUGAUAAUUAGAGGACUUGGCUGGUGUUAAUAGCAGCCAGCCAACCAGCUUAAUUUCUCCAUCCCACAUUCUCUCUCGUAAAUCAAAUUAAAGAAGAAGGAUUGGACAGCUGGUACCUUGCUCUUAUCCUGGGCAACAGGAUGCUCCUCUGGUCUGCGCUCCCGCUGGCUUAUUCUAUUCCUAGAGCAUCAUGUACAAUGAAUUUCCCCCCCGUGUUAUCCCGUAAACAGGAGACGGUGGGCAUUACUAUUCUGUUUUUGGAGAGACAAAGGGCUGUUUUUACAAGGCUUAUCAAAAGCUCAGCCAGGUUCUCUUUGCGUUUCUCAACACUGCCAAGUUAAUUUCUGUAAAGACGCCACCAUUAAGCGGCCAAACACGCUACGUAACGGCGGCUUAAGCGGGGAGGAGGCAUGUGGUCCAGCAAAGUUGCGCAGAAAAGGCAGUAAUAUACAUCUGAGGUUACAUAACGUUGUCCUAAAUUUGAAUAUAAUCUAUAAGCUACUGGUCAUACCAGACCAAAUAAGGCCGGAGCAGCAGAUGUAUCCAGCGUAUUUCAUUUUUCUAUUUUAUUGCCGAGGAAGGCAAUAAGACUCACUUAUGUAUUCUUUCUUUUGGAAAAUAUAUGCAAAUACAUGCAGAUUUUUUGUCAAUUUUGUUGUGUUAGUUGCGUAUUUAAACAGAGCAUUUCAGAAAACGUAUAAUGUGACAUUAUAUUAACCUAUUAACCUGACGUCAGUCCACUCAGGCGUAGAGAGAAAAGAACUCCAAAUGUAGAGUUUAAUAAUAGACAAAAGGGCGAACCGCCUUUUAGAACGUACACAUUUCUGGAGCCAAAAAUAAUCACUCUGACACCGUCAUGUGGUUGUUGUCUUUGACAGUGUGCAUUUUGAUUCUUGUGGUUUCCUCUCCAGUGUCACCAUGUCUUAUUUAGAGGAGCAUGGAGGGCACCAGGAAGGUAAGGAAACCCCUUCAUUCAUUAAUAAAUCGCAAAGCUAUGUUCAUUUCAACCACCCAGUUGAACCAUCACAUUUUCUUUGCCCAGACGAAGAUGAGGAGCAGGAAGAGGGAGAAGAACGUCCCAGAUACAAGCCACUAGCCGCUCCGAAAAUCCCAGAGGGGGAGAGGGUUGACUUUGAUGACAUCCACAGAAAACGGAUGGAGAAAGAUCUUCUGGAGCUGCAGACUCUGAUCGAUGUCCACUUUGAGCAGAGGAAGAAAGAGGAAGAGGAGCUGAUUGGACUCAAAGACAGGAUUGAGAGUCGGCGGGCAGAGAGAGCAGAGCAGCAGCGUGUGAGGGCCGAAAAAGAGCGCGACAGGCAGACGCGUAUUGCGGAGGAGAGACAGAGGAGAGAGGACGAAGAGGCCAAGAAGAGGGCAGAAGACGAGGCCAAGAAGAAGAAAGUGCUCUCCAACAUGGGCGCUCAUUUUGGAGGUUUCCUAGCAAAGGUGGAGCAGAGGCGAGGCAAAAGCCAAACGGCAAGGGAAAUCAAGAAGAAGACUCUGGCAGAGAGACGCAAGCCACUGGCUAUUGAGCACCUGAGAGAGGACGGCCUGAGAGCGAAAGCCAAUGAGCUGUGGGAGUGGAUCUACCAGCUGGAGUCAGAGAAGUUUGACCUGACUGAGAAGAUGAGGAGGCAGAAGUAUGAGAUCAAUGUCCUCCUGAACAGAAUCCAACAUGCCCAGAAAUUCAAAAAGAGCCACGGCAAAGGGAAGGUUGGAGGACGCUGGAAGUGAUCUCUCUCUCUCACAAACACACACGCACGGGAAACAAACAAGAAGAUGGUCCACUCCUUUCAGAACGUGGCUGCAGCGAUGUUUGCAGUGUUGCUCCUUAUAUUUUAUUAAAAAACAUCCAUUUAAAUGUGCAUCUGUAGUUUUUAGAAUGCAUGUACACAUUUUCUACCAGUAACAUUUAAAUUAGACAUAAAGUCAGAUUGUAUACAAACAAAUAUGAAUCUGAGGCUUCUGGCAGUUGCUACUCAUUCGGUGGCAAAUUGCCCUAUGAAGAAAAAAUAAAAAUGCUUGCAUAAGA